AUGGAAACUCUUGAAUUAACAGAGCAGACAGUAAAUCCAGGAGAACUGAAGGCUGGACCACAAGAUUUUGAGCUUCUCAAAGUGUUAGGUAAAGGAGGAUAUGGAAAGGUUUUUCAAGUAAGAAAAAUCUCUGGUCAAGAUGCCAACAAAAUUUUUGCCAUGAAAGUUUUGAAGAAGGCUACUAUAGCUAGAAAUGCCAAAGACACUGCUCAUACUAGAGCUGAGAGAAAUAUAUUAGAGGCUGUGAAGCAUCCAUUUAUUGUUGAUCUGAUGUAUGCAUUUCAAACUGGUGGUAAAUUAUAUUUGAUAUUAGAGUACCUCCCUGGUGGAGAGUUAUUUAUGCAACUCGAGAGAGAAGGUAUAUUUAUGGAGGACACCGCCAGUUUUUAUUUAUCUGAAAUUACAUUAGCUAUAGAACAUUUACAUGGACAAGGUAUUAUAUAUAGAGACUUGAAACCUGAAAAUAUUUUACUAGAUGCUCAGGGUCAUGUGAAGUUAACAGAUUUUGGAUUAUGUAAAGAAUCUAUCAAUGAGGGCAUAGUGACACACACUUUCUGUGGUACCAUAGAAUAUAUGGCUCCAGAGAUAUUAACUCGUAGUGGCCAUGGUAAAGCUGUAGAUUGGUGGAGUCUAGGGGCAUUAAUGUAUGAUAUGUUAACAGGCGCUCCUCCAUUUACAGCUGAAAACAGAAAGAAAACUAUAGAUAAGAUAUUAAAGGCCAAAUUAAAUUUACCUCCGUAUUUAACACAUGAGGCUAGAGCACUGAUAAAACGACUACUACGUAAAUAUCCAAGUGAAAGAUUAGGAGGAGGAGCAGAAGAUGCUAAACCAAUUAAGAGUCACUCAUUUUUCCGUAAUACAGAUUGGAAUGAAUUAGCUUCUAGACGAGUUGAUCCUCCUUUUAAACCUAAUGUGACAAGUGAAGAAGAUGUGAGUCAAUUUGAUACGAAGUUUACACGACAGACACCAGUUGAUUCACCUGAUGAUAAUAUUCUUAGUGAGAGUGCAAAUCAAGUCUUUGUUGGUUUUACUUAUGUUGCACCUUCAGUUUUAAUGGAAAUGAAUAAACCAUGGAUCUCAGAAAAAGAACCUCGUUCCCCACGUAAAUUUACAGGUUCAAGUUUACGAGCACCUUUAAGGUAA